AUGUCUCCAGUGACCAUGUCUUCGCGCCGAGCCGAUGCCAAUUCUAGUCAUUUAGUUAAGAACAUCUUCAUAUUUUUAUUGAUAUGUUUACCUGGUUCCUAUUGCGACAGCCCGAUGUCUGUGGAAGUUCAGACUAUGGAUCUGCUAGUGGGCGAAACGCGUCUGUUCAAAUUUACUCAAAUUGGCGAAUACAACGAAACGCUUGCGAUUACCGCGGUGAUACAACAUCCAGAUAUCGUCCAAUUUGUCCCUCCCACCAUCAAUAUACCAGGAACGGAACGACCGAAUACAACAGCCAAAUUAACUUAUGACAUAUGCGCAUACGGCAGAAGUCCAGGGCACUCUGAAGUGACCUUUAACGCAACACCUAGCGAUAUUGUUGACCUAGACUCGGUGUUUAUGCGAAUAACUGUGAUGCAAUCCAACGCCAUAUAUGUGAUAUCAUACAUAAUGGGAUGGAUCUACUUCGUCGCGUGGUCGGUGUCGUUCUACCCUCAAAUCUACAUUAAUUUCAAAAGGAGGAGCGUUGUCGGGCUGAAUUUUGACUUCUUGGCACUGAAUUUGAUGGGAUUCACAAUGUAUUCGUUGUUCAACUGUGGAUUGUUCUUCUCAAGGGAUAUUAAGCUUCAAUAUUUCAGUCGACACCCUCGCGGCUUGAUUCCCGUUCAACUCAAUGAUGUGUUUUUCUCGCUACACGCUGUAUUUGCAACUCUUAUUACCAUUGGACAGUGCAUUUUCUUUGAGCGAGCAGGACAGCGCGUGUCUAUGACCGGUCGCGGUAUAUUGUCCGUGUUUAUCUGCGUCGUCAUAGUGACGGGAAGCUUGGCUGUCGCCAGAAUUGUGGAGGUCCUGGACUUCUUGUAUUACUGCAGCUACAUCAAACUGUGUAUUACGCUUAUCAAAUACAUUCCGCAGGCUUAUAUGAACUACAAGCGCAAAUCGACAGUCGGCUGGAGUAUCGGAAACGUCUUCCUAGAUUUCGUCGGUGGUUUCUUCUCCAUCCUGCAGAUGAUGCUGAACGCAUACAACUACAACGAUUGGAUCUCGUUCUUCGGUGACUUCACCAAGUUCGGUCUUGGUCUUUUCAGUCUGGUCUUCGACAUUUUCUUCAUUUUGCAGCACUACGUGUUCUACAGGAACGCCGACGAAAAGAAAUACAACAUGGACGCCAAGGCUUAG